CACGUAUUAUGUAUUAUAUGGAGCACUGGGUGUUAUACACAAACAAUGAAUCAUGGAACACUACAUCAAAAACUAAUGAUAUACUGUAUGGUGACUAACAUAACAUAAUAAUAAAAAAAAUCGUAUCAUAACAACAACAACAACAAAAAGGAAAAAUGGUGCUGAGAGACUUCCUCCACACAGGGUUGCCACUAACCUUCAAUAUGUAAAACCCAGAGUAUCUGUGAAGCACAAUAAAGCAAAGUAAUAAAAUAAGGUAUGUCUGUAAUUAAGUCUUCUCUCUUUUUUUUUGUCUCUAGCAAAAGGCUUGUCAAUUUUUUAAAAUUUUUAUUUAUUCAUGAGAGACAGAGAGAGAGAGAGGCAGAGGGAGAAGCAGGCUCCUUGCAGAGCAGGGAGCCAGAUGCGAGACUCGAUCCCAGAACCCUGGGAUCGUGACCUGAGCCGAAGGCAGAUGCUUAACUGACUGAGCCACUCAGGCGCCCAUGGCUUGUCAAUUUUGUUCAUCUUUUUUUUUUAAUUUUUAAUUUUGUUUUAUUUUUAUUUUUUUAAAGAUUUUAUUUAUUUGACAGAGACACAGCGAGAGAGGGAACACAAGCAGUGGGAGUGGGAGAAGCAGACUCCCCGCUGAGCAGGGAGUCUGAUGCGGGGCUCGAUCCCAGGACCCUGGGACCAUGACCUGAGCCGAAGGCAGACGCUUAACGACUGAGCCACCCAGGCGCCCCCUUUUAAUUUUUUAAAUUUUAUUUAUUUAUUUGACAGACACAGCGAGAGAGGGAACACAAGCAUGGGGAGUGGGAGAGGGAGAGGCAGGCUUCCCAGCAAGCAGGGAGCCCAAUGUGGGGCUCCAUCCCAGGACCCCAGGAUCACAACCUGAGCCAAAGGCAGACACUUAACCGACUGAGCCACCCAGGCACCCCAAUUUUGUUCAGCUUUUUUAAAGAAACCAACUUUCAUUUCAUUGAUUUUCUUUAUUGGUUCUCUUUUCUCUAUUUUAUCUCUAAUCUUUAUUUCCCUCUUUAUGUUGGCGUGGGUUUAGUUUGCUCUUCUUUUUCUAGUUCUUUAAGUUAUAAAGUUAGAUUGUUGAUUUGAGAUCUUCUUUCUUAAUGUAAGCUUUUACAGGUCAAUAACUUUCCUCCUUAGCAUUGCUUUCACUGUGUCCUAUGAGUUUUGGUAGGUUGUAUUUUUGUUUUCAUUCCUCUCUAAGUAUUUUCUAAUUUUCCUUAUUUCUUUUUUCUUUUUUUAAGAUUUUAUUUAUUUAUUUGACAGGAGAGAGACAGCGAGUGAGGGAAUACGAGCAGGGGGAAUGGAAGAGGGAGAAGCAGGCUUCCCGGUUCCUGUUGCAUGUAAAUCUUGUCCCUGUGGUUAUGUAUUUAUUAAUAGGAAACUUCUAAAAGUAAAACACUCAGAGAAAUCAUCACCUUUUACAGAAGUGAACAGUACCAUAUCUUUGAAAGAUUUGAGAAUACUAUUUUUAUAUGAAUUUAAACUAGGACAUAGUGCAGCCACAGCAAGUAGAAACAUCAAUUCUGUCUUUGGAAAAGGCUCUGUUAGUGAAAGGACUAUCCGGUGGUGGUUUGAAAAAUUUCGUUCUGGGGAUCUGAGUCUGAAAAAUGAGCCUCGAGGGAGACCCAAAUCUGUUUUAAAUGAAGAUCAGUUGAGAGCCAUGGUGGAAGCUAACCCCAAAACAGCAAUUCGAGGCCUUGCAGCAGACUUAGGAGUUUCUGCUACAACAAUUUCUCGACACCUGGCUGCAAUAGGAAAGGUGAAAAAGUUGGACAAGUGGGUAGGUAACACCAACUGAUGGAUAAUCAUAAACUGAGAUAUUUAGAGAUGUGCUUAUUCCUGAAGAUUUAAAAGAGCAGAGACCUAUUUUGGAGAAUAUCGUAA